AUGGCGGAUACAGCAAGGGAGGCGGGAUCUCCCCCAAGCACUGCUUCCGAGCAUGACCAGCACCCGGAGAAGGGCACAGUUCAGUCAUCGCAGUUCGCUGCUUUUGAUACCGCGUCUUCACGAAGCGAACCCAGGCCGCAUCUUCACGCAAAGACCUUCCUGGCCGUCUUUGCCAUUUGCGUGAUCUACUUUGUUCAGAUUUACAAUGUCGUCGGCUGUGGAGCUCAAACGAAUACCAUCGCCAUCACACUCGGGAAGGGAAGCACAGCUGACGGAGUAUGGCUCUCCUCAUCGAUUGCCAUUGGCACAGCUGUGCUGAGUCCCAUCUUCUCCCAAUCGGCUGACUACUGGGGCCGUCGUUGGUUCUUGGUCAUCUCUACCCUCAUUGGUGCCGUCGGCUCCAUCAUCGUGGCCCGGGCCACAUCGAUGAACAUGGCCAUUGCCGGCUUUGCCAUCACUUCCAUCAGCUACGGUGCUCAGCCCCUUCUCCACGCCGUUUCCUCCGAGGUCCUUCCGCGCCGCUACCGAUCAUGGGGUCAGGCCGCUGACCUCGUGGCCAACGGCUUCGGUGGUGUUACUGCCCUGCUUUGCUCCGGUGCUUUCUCCCGUACUUCCAACGUCCCCUCCGAGGGCUUCCGGAACUUCUGGUACCUCGGCACCGGUCUCUUCCUCCUCGCCACCAUCCUCUGCUUCGUCUUCUACAAUCCCCCUCAGACCGAGCUUGAGAGGUCCUUCUCCUUCUCCGAGAAGCUCGGCAAGCUCGACUGGGUUGGCUACUUCCUCCUCUCCUCAGGAAUCAUCCUCUUCUGCAUCGGCCUCUCCUGGUCCGAGAACCCGUAUCCGUGGUCCGAUGCCCACGUCUCCGCCACCUUCGGCAUCGGCAUGGCUCUCAUCAUUGCCCUCGCCGUCUACGAGACCUUCUUCAAGAAGGACGGCAUGUUCCACCACGGCCUCUUCAAGAACCGCAACUUCUCCAUCGUUCUCAUCUGCCUCUUCUGCGAGGGUCUGGCCUUCUUCGGCGCCAACAACUACUUCGCCUUCCAAGUCGGCAUCCUCUACGAGUCCGACGCCCUGCUCGUCACCACCCGCUACUCCAUCACCAUGAUUGUGUCCAUCUUCUCCGCCGCCGCCGCGGGCAUCUACUGCGCCCACUACAAGCGCGUGCGCUGGAUCACCGUCGCCUCCUUCAUCAUCUUCGUCGUCUUCUUCGCUUGCAUGUCUACCUCAGGCCUCGGCACCAACGACGCAGUCUGGGGUUACCCGGUAAUCCUCGGUACUUCCCUCGGCAUGUCCCUCGUCGUGCUCGUCACCAUCGCCCAGCUGUCCACUCCUCCGGAACUCAUCGCCAUCGCCUCCGGUCUCGUCAUUGGCCUCCGCUCUUUGGGAGGGUCCGUCGGUCUAGCCAUCUACAACGCGCUCUUCAACGGCGCCAUGGGCCAUCUAGGCGAUAACAUCGCCAAGGCCGUCAUGCCUCUCGGUCUUCCCCUGCAAAGCGUCGGACCCCUGAUUGGUGCAUUGGCUGAUCACCACGAGGAGCUGAUUCCCAAGAUUGAAGGGGUGACGCCGCAGAUUAUUGGAGCCGGAGUGGAGGCGCUUAAGGAGACGUUUGCGACCGGGUUCAGAAGGGUGUGGAUCGCUGCGGCGUGCUUCGUGGCGCUUGCCGCUAUCUUGGCGUGUUUCUUGAAGGAGGAGGAUAGGGAAUUUAAUAUGCGGAUUGAUAACCCGAUUGAGAAGGAGGAGGAGUUAUAUAGUGACCGUGAGAGGGAUGUUGAGAGGACUCCCCAUGCGUAG